UGUCUUACCCCUGUGAAUAAGAUGAUAAUAGCAAAAGCUUAAAUGAAUUUAUAAAGCGAUUAGGCAGAUUUAGCUGUCAAGCAUGUAUGGUAGUUUGACUUAAUUAUUUUCUCAUGAUUUGUUUGUUUGUUUCACACUGAUCAUAAAUAGCCAAUAGGCUCAAUUUACUGGCUAACCUAGGUGAUGUCAACACUACCUAUGAGGUAAUUCAGUGCACUUUAACUCAUAUCUGUUAACCCACGAGUGUCAAAUUCGUGGCCCGCAGCCGGGAUGUGUCACGUGCUGGCUCCGCCCCCGCCCAGUUUAAUGAAGGGAAAAAAAAUGUCCUGAUACAUCAUGUGAUGCUGCCAUGACGACGUGAGUUUGACACCCCUGUGUUAACCUGAUGUCAAUCUCCUAGCCUUUGUGAUAUCACUGGCUUCAUAGCAAUCCUUGCUCAAGGAGCCAUGUUGUAGGCACUGGCCUCUGUAAAGAUUUGAACCUGGAUAAUUCCAAUUUGAAAGAGAUUAAUGAGAAAGCCUCAAGCAGUUGAGACUACUCUUGUCUCCUCAAUGUCUGUGAAUGGGAAAGAAAAACCACCCAUGAGGGAAGGGGAUCAGAUACAUCAAUCUGUACCAGAUGAGGAGAAAGAGAAUAAUAGAGCAUCCAAACCACACUCUACCCCAGCAACUCUGCAAUGGCUGGAGGAGAAUUAUGAGAUUGCAGAAGGUGUCUGCAUUCCUCGAAGUGCCCUCUACAUGCACUAUUUGGAUUUCUGUGAGAAAAAUGAUACCCAGCCUGUUAAUGCUGCUAGUUUUGGAAAGAUAAUAAGGCAACAGUUUCCACAGUUAACAACACGAAGAUUAGGAACCAGAGGCCAAUCAAAGUACCAUUACUAUGGCAUUGCAGUGAAAGAAAGCUCCCAGUAUUAUGACGUGAUGUAUUCUAAGAAAGGAGCAGCCUGGGUCAAUGAAACAGGAAAAAAAGAAGUAAUCAAACAGACAGUGGCAUAUUCACCACGAUCCAAACUUGGGACGUUGCUGCCAGAAUUUCCAAAUGUCAAAGAUCUAAAUCUGCCAGCCAGCUUGCCAGAAGAGAAGGUAUCUACUUUUAUAAUGAUGUACAGAACACACUGUCAAAGGAUACUUGAUACUGUAAUAAGAGCCAAUUUUGAUGAGGUUCAAAGUUUUCUUCUGCACUUUUGGCAAGGGAUGCCACCUCACAUGCUUCCUGUACUGGGUUCUUCCACUGUAGUAAAUAUAGUUGGAGUUUGUGAUUCAAUACUGUAUAAAGCUAUUUCUGGAGUUUUGAUGCCAACAGUUUUGCAAGCAUUACCUGAUAGCUUAACACAGGUAAUCCGCAAGUUUGCCAAACAACUGGAUGAAUGGCUAAAGGUAGCUCUUCAUGACUUGCCUGAAAACCUACGAAAUAUCAAGUUUGAAUUAUCCAGAAGAUUUUCUCAGAUUCUUCGGAGGCAGACAUCAUUAAACCAUCUAUGUCAGGCAUCAAGAACUGUGAUCCACAGUGCAGACAUUACAUUCCAAAUGCUGGAAGAUUGGAGGAAUGUGGAUCUUAAUAGUAUCACUAAACAAACACUGUACACCAUGGAAGAUUCGCAGGAGGAGCACAGGAAACUUAUAAUACAAUUAUAUCAGGAAUUCGAUCACCUUUUGGAAGAACAGUCACCCAUUGAAUCAUACAUUGAAUGGCUGGAUUCCAUGGUGGAUAGAUGUGUUGUGAAGGUAGCUGCAAAAAGACCAGGUUACCUGAAGAAAGUGGCCCCGCAGUUCCUCUUGAUGUGGUCCUGUUUUGGCACAAGAGUAAUUCGGGAUAUGACUUUGCAUAGUGCCCCUAGCUUCGGAUCUUUUCACCUUAUUCACCUGAUGUUUGAUGACUAUGUGUUGUACUUGUUAGAAUCACUCCACUGCCAGGAGAGAGCCAAUGAACUGAUGAGGGCGAUGAAAGGUGGCACUGGAAUAGUUGAAGUACGAGAAGAGAUCAUAGUGGCAGAACCUGUCCCAUCGAGUCCCUCCCCUGUUGCUUUCUCUCCAGCGAAAUCUGCCACCUCAGUGGAUGUUCCAUCCGUUCCCUCUCCUAUAACCAGUCAGUCCCCAGAGUAUGCUGGCUUAGCAACCACCACAGGGGCCAUGCAGUCCUAUACAUGGUCUCUCACGUACACUGUAACUACAGCUGCUGGAUCACCUGCUGAAAACUCUCAACCGCUGCCUUGCAUGAGAAGUCCUCACGUUCCUCAUUCAUCUGUGACACACAGGAUACCUGUUUAUCAUCACAGAGAAGAGCAUGGGUACACAGGAAGUUACAACUAUGGUACUUACGGAAACCAGCACUCUCACCCGAUGCAGAGCCAGUAUCCAUCUUUACCACACGACAGCACUAUUUCUGCACCCCUCCAUUACUCAGCUUAUCACAGAAACUCUUCACAGUACCCUUUCAAUAGCCCGUCUUCACGGAUGGAGCCAUGCUUGAUGAGCAGCACCCCAAGAUUACAUCCAUCUCCAGUUACACCUCGCUGGCCAGAGGUGCCCUCGGCAAACCCUUGUUAUACAAGUCCACCAAUGCAUUCCACAAGAUAUGGAAAUUCCAGUGACAUGUACACACCGUUAACCACACGGAGAAAUUCUGAAUAUGAGCACAUGCAACACUUUCCUGGCUUUGCCUACAUCAAUGGGGAAGCAACCACAGGAUGGGCAAAAUAAACACAACUGGUAAUAA